ACUCGUCAUCCAGCCAACACUAGAACAGCCCUUUCUGCAGGAGCAAAGCACCGCAAAAUGACCUUGAGCGUUGGAGAACAGCCUCUUGUGCUUGGAGACAAUGACAAGUCCUCGCCAUGGUAUAGCACAUCCAUCAGAAUCGAGGUUCUCAGAAAUGCGAGAGAAAUUUUGGAGGAAUACGCGCGGGUUCCUCCGGAAACCGUAGAAACCCACAUACUGACGCUGCGCGACAAAAUUUGGGAUGUCUUCCCGUACCCAUGCGUUGGUCGCUUCUCAUUCUUGGACUUUUACCUGCACCGCAUGCCUCUGUAUAGUUCUCUUGUUGAUCGACUCAAAAGUCCCGACGCGAAGCAUCUGGACGUUGCUUGCUGUAUAGGUCAGGAUAUACGGAAGUUGGUUUACGAUGGUGUUCCUUCACAGAACAUCGUGGGCUUGGAGAUUGAGAAAGGGUUCGUCGACGCGGGCUACGAGCUGUUCCGGGAUAAGCAAUCACUCCAAUCCGAAUUCAUCGUAGCAGACAUCCUGGACGAUGAGGACGGUACUCUCGAAGAUAUGGUGCACCAAUUCGAUUCGGCCCACCUGGGAAUGUGUUUACAUCUUUGGAAUCGAGACGACCAGACAAAGGCAUUGCUCAGAGUCAUUCGACUGCUGAAGGCGGCACCUGGCGUAGCUAUUUUGGGACAUACCAUAGGGCAUACCGAUGGUAUCGAAGUGUCUCUUGGCAUGAAUGGAAAGCCUAGUCUGCGGCAUAACGUGCAGACAUGGGGGGCACUAUGGGCCGACUUAUCCGAGGCGACUGGGUCGUGCUGGAAGGUCGAAGCGGAGAUGUACGAUGAUGAUUCCAUGAGAGACCGACUUGGCGUCGCAAAGCCAUCUUGGUGGGACUCGCAAUGGCGCUUACUUGCCUUUGAGGUAACGCGGAAGUCUUGAGGUAUGUAAGAACACAGCAAAAGUAAUGUUGCCUCGGCAUCAUGAGGUCCAUUCAUGACCUCCGGUUUCUCUCCAGAUUAACACUUUCUAAAAUCUAAAGAAAAAGUAGAUGAAGACGUCGAACGAGUACGCUGAAGACAUCUUCCACACCGACAGGCACUCCAUCUGGGUCAACGUAGAUGUACGCUCCCGUUACAUGGAACAUUGUAACCAUUUCCUUGACAUCUUCGGGCACUUCGAGCGUGUGAAUGUCUCCCGGGGGCUCAUACGCGUAGCCUCCUUCGGUGGCCCACCAUGGGUGCUCAAGGUAGUGCCAUCUACCUUUCAAGAUUGUUGCGUGGACAGCGCCGGCGUGGCGAUGGCGAGAGAGAAUACCGGAGCGGCGGACGCGGAGGAUGUUGACGAAGUAGCCCCCAGAGACGGAGAAAAGGAGCGGACGGAACCAAACGCCCGGGGCCUGCGGGACCCAGAGGCGUUCGUCACACUCGAUAUCAAAGAUGCCGGGAAUGACAAGAUCGUCGGGGACUGCUGGAAGACGGGGCCCUCAAUAAGGCACAGCGGCUUGAUCGAGGCGAUCAUCUGCUCGAGGUUCUGCAGCAGUUUGUGUCGUGGUUUCCAUGACCAGUGUCUUGGACAUCCCGGGUAGAACUCUGAUUUCGAAGGAGUUGACUCAAUGAAGUAGAGAUUGAAACGAAACAAGUCUGAUAUGAUGGCUUUCCUGUGUUGUCUGUCCGGCAGAGCUGCACAGCCUAGGUAGCAUGCUAGACGCGUUGAUAAGUAUUUUCCGAACUGUGGGGAGAUCGUUCUGCUUGAAAGAAAACUGGUCACGUCGUAUUGUAUGAUAAGCUGAGCUGUAGCGACUCGAUGUCCUUGGUAUGCGUGGCGCUAACGGCGGUCGUUUUCUAACACGGCGUCAAGCGCGGCACAUUCCAGUAGUGAUAUCUUUGAUAUUCCUCGGGGUUGUUUCGGUGAGGCGGAGAAUAUCCUUGUCUCAUCAACGUGACCAUGAGAUACGCAGUACCGGCCGCAAGGCUGCCCUGCUAACGUGUAUACCGACAGUAUCCCAAAUUUUCCGAUGAGUGUGGUCGUAUAUGUCUACUUGAGGCAGAUAACUUCCUUAUGAUGGGCGAGACUCAAAGGUGAAACAGAAGGAUGUCGCGGUGAGAGGUUGAUGUAGGGCUGGGCUGGAUCUCCUGGAUUCGUAUAGCACACUUCUGUUGGAUACUGUCUGGGGCAAUUUGUGGACAUUGACGGAACAAUGGGCGCAGAGAUGGUUGUAGGCGGUAGUAGUGACGGGUCAAGUCCUGCCAUCGAAAUAGACCGUCUCGAUCGAAUUAUGCAUGUUCAUCAUCGAUGAGUUGGAUGGUUGUGGAUAUUUGGUUUCAGUGGUGGGGGAUGACGUCGGCCAGCUGGGCCGUUUGCCCGGUAAUGAACGAACUGUUGCUGGGAAUGGGGUAUUAGUAGAUGAUGCUAUAAGUAUGUUUUCUAUAUGUGGUUGAUUAGCGAUAUGGGGGUGUUUGGGCCUUGAGAGGGAGGGAGUAGCGAUGCCUGGCGAUUGCGUCGAAGAGUAGGUACAUUAUACGAGAAACCAUAUUCGGCGAGACAUGGAAAUUUCUAGAGCAGAACAUCUUUUUCCAAUUGUGAAGGUUGAGUGAAGCCCAUGAGCUGAGAAGUUGCAGCUGCCUCUUAAGGUUGAGGCUGAAAAUGCUCCGUGGCAAAGAAGCUCCUGCGGGACCGGGGGCGGGGACUAAGGCCGGUGGCCGGGUCUGGGGUAGACCACAAUGCGGUACGGGUACUUCAAACGUCGCACGGUUGAAACCUGAAAGAACUUUGGGCCUUGAUUUCUGAUUCUCACUCAAAAGGACGGACGAGGACAGCAGAGGCUGAAAG